CUUGAAAAUCCUUUCCUCAUAAGAAAUUUGCUCAGUUUUCUUCUUCUUUCCACUUCCGCUUUCGGUUUCGUUUCGGUGUAAAUGUUGUCGGUAGCUGUCAGCGAACGAGUCUUUUCCAUCUUGUCAGCCAACGAAAGUAGGUAAUCAAUAAAAAUGGCCGAUACAUCAUCCCACCUGAGCUGGUUGAUCAUCCGUGAUCACAACGCUUUCCUGCUGAAGCGCCGCAACAUCAAGAAGCCGUUCAGCACGGAGCCCAACAACCUGACCAACCUGAGCUCGUACCGUUACAGCGGACUGGUCCACAAGAAAUCGCUGGGUGUCGUUCCGGCCGAUAAGGGAAUCCAGGUCGUGUACAAGCGACCAAAGUUCCAGACCAAGCCAGCCAAGGCCACGGUUAAGGUUACGCUGAAGCAUCGCCCACGUCGCACCCUGAAGAAGCUGAAGAACAUCGUCAACAAGAACCGUUACCGUCGGGAUCUGCGACAGGCUGCUCUUCGUCGUGCCAGCGCCAUCCUGCGAUCGCAGCGACCUGCUUCGGCCAAGAAGGGCAAGGCUGCCACCAGUACUGGAACUACUGCUGCCGCUGCUGCUGCCCCCAAGAAGGCCGAAUAAGCAAGCGGAUGGAGUAUUGAAGGAAAACAACAUUGACAUCCCUCGUUGUAUUUACGGAAAAUAGGAAUAGUUAUCGUUGUCUCUAUGAGUGCAACGAUAACAGGAAAAUACAAAACAUGAUUUGAUGCUGUGAAUGUGCUUUGGUAA